UCUUCAUCCAGUCCUGAACACAGUCAUGAGUGUGUGACGGGCUUCCAGUGCUCUGGGAGUGAAGCUCGUCUGGGGAACUGCAGCUCUCCACAAACUCUCAACUGCAGCUCCACACAACAGCUCUACCUCACCUGCCUUGAUCGUGGGUCCAUCAGGCUGGUGGGUUCUGGGGGAGACUGUGCAGGGAGGCUGGAGGUUUUUCACAGUGGCUCAUGGGGGACAGUGUGUGAUGACUCGUGGGAUAUUAAAGAUGCCCAUGUGGUGUGCAGACAGCUGCAGUGUGGAGUGGCCCUCAGUAACCAGCAGGUACCAGCCUGGUUUGGUCCUGGUUCUGGACCCAUAUGGCUGGAUGAGGUGGAGUGUGAGGGGAAUGAGACGUCCCUGUGGAGCUGCUCUUCUCGAGGCUGGGGAAAACAUGACUGUAAUCACAAGGAGGAUGUAGGAGUCAUGUGCUCAGGUAAUAAGAUAUGGGGGGUUUUGUUGGUUGGUGGUCACAGUCGCUGUGCUGGUACAGUGGAGGUUCUUCAUAGAGGUCGGUGGGGAACAGUGUGUGAUGUUGCCUGGGAUUUGGCUGAUGCUGCAGUGGUGUGUAGAGAGCUGGACUGUGGAGAACCUGUAGAUGCUCUGGGUAAUGCACACUUUGGACAAGGAUCAGGGCCAAUCUGGAUGGGUUUUGUCAGAUGUGUUGGUUCAGAAUCCGCACUGAAGGACUGUGUAUCAGGAGGAUGGGACCGAAGUUCCUGUGAUCAUGCUAAAGAUGCUGGAGUCAUCUGCUCAGACCGUGUGAAUGUGAGGUUGGUUGGUGGUCACAGUCGCUGUGCUGGUAGAGUGGAGGUUCUUCAUAGAGGUCAGUGGGGAACAGUGUGUGAUUUUGGCUGGGAUAUGCCUGAUGCUGCAGUGGUGUGUAGAGAGCUGGACUGUGGAGAACCUGUAGAUGCUGUGGGCGAUGCUUAUUUUGGACGAGGAUCAGGACUAAUCUGGACUAAUCGUAUGAUGUGUACUGGAUCAGAGACUACACUGAAGAACUGUGGAUCAGUUCAGUUUUAUGAAUAUGACUGUAAUCAUGAUACAGAUGCUGGAGUCAUCUGCUCAGGUUACACUGAUCUCAGACUGAUGAAUGGCUCAGACACUUGUUCUGGAAGAGUGGAGCUUCAGUUCCUCAAAGUGUGGGGCACACUGGGCUGUGGCUCUGUGCUGAAUUUCUAUGGCUCCUCUUCAUCCAGUCCUGAACACAGUCAUGAGUGUGUGACGGGCUUCCAGUGCUCUGGGAGUGAAGCUCAUCUGGGGAACUGCAGCUCUCCACAAACUCUCAACUGCAGCUCCACACAACAGCUGUACAUCACCUGCCUUGGUCGUGGGUCCAUCAGGCUGGUGGGUUCUGGGGGAGACUGUGCAGGGAGGCUGGAGGUUUUUCACAGCGGCUCAUGGGGGACAGUGUGUGAUGACUCCUGGGAUAUUAAAGAUGCCCAUGUGGUGUGCAGACAGCUGCAGUGUGGAGUGGCCCUCAGUAACCAGCAGGUACCAGCCUGGUUUGGUGCUGGUUCUGGACCCAUAUGGCUGGAUGAGGUGGAGUGUGAGGGGAAUGAGACGUCCCUGUGGAGCUGCUCUUCUUCAGGCUGGGGAAAACAUGACUGUCAACACAAGGAGGAUGUAGGAGUCGUGUGCUCAGAGUUUAAAGAGAUCAGGUUAACUGAGGGCUGUGAAGGGAAUGUGGAGGUUUUCUACAGUGGAUCCUGGGGUAAUGUGUGUUUAAACCAGAUGGACAGAGACACAGCGAGUCUGAUCUGUCAAGAGCUGAACUGUGGAAGAUCUGGUGUUUUGUCUGAUUCUACAUCAAGACUGAAAUCAGCUCCUAACUGGCUGGAUAAAGUUACAUGUCGACCACAUGAUUCCACUUUAUGGCAGUGUCCAUCUUCACUCUGGGGACAGAAUAACUGUGGUGAUGAUGAAGUGGCCAAAAUCAUCUGCUCAGAACAAGAGAUCCAUGAGUCUCCUCGAAGCUCUCUGACAUGCUCCACAUCUCCCCAUCAGAGACAGUGUUCAGAUCAUGUUCCUCUCAGACUGAGUGGAGGUGAGGGCCGGUGCUCUGGGAGACUGGAGGUGUAUCAUAACGCUGUGUGGGGCUCAGUCUGUGAUGAUCAGUGGGACAUUAGCGAUUCUCAGGUGGUCUGCAGGCAGCUGGGUUGUGGAGCAGCACUGAGGGCUGAUGGGAAUUCAGUCUUUGGUGCUGGUGAAGGUGUUGUGUGGAUGAACAGAGUCGAGUGCAGAGGGAAUGAGAUUCACCUGUGGGACUGUCCUCUCUCCCUGAAAAACCACACUGACUGCUCCCACAAAGAGCACGCUGGACUCACCUGUGCAGAUUUGUCAGUGUCCACUAGUCCUGCCACAACAACAUCAGCUUCUCCUCCAGUUUCUCCUCCAGCGCGCUCAACAUCAGUCUCUCCUCCACAAACUCCUCCAGCAGCGUCUCUCUCCAUCCCCCCGGUGCUUGUGAUUGUUCUGGGAGUUGUGCUCUUACUGCUCUUAGUGCCACUGCUUAUACUGAUUCAGCAGAACAGAGUGAUGAGGAGAGCUCUCUCUAAGAGGAGACACAAGAUGAAGACUGAGGCCGUUUAUGAGGAGAUUCAGCACAGACCCACUACCAGACACAGUCUCUUCACUGAGAGGGGAAGUGUCCUUUCUGAAGAACAGCAUUCUGGGUAUGAAGAUGCUGAUGAGCUUCUUUCAGCAAAAUCUGCAGAAAGAGCCACACCUGAAUACCAUAAUGAUUUCUCCAGCACUAAAGGCCCAACAGAAAAGCAACAAAUCACACCAGAGAACUAUGAUGAUGUAAUCACUGUUGGACUGAGACAUGCUACAGUUGAAUCACCAGAAAACUAUGAUGAUGUCGUCAUCAUACAACAGUUCUCCAAUGAUAAAGCAGAGGCUGUUCAGGAGGAGUAUGAUGAUGUGAAGAAUGUCAGAGAAUAUAUGAGUGACAUGUUUGACUAUGAUGAUGUGGAGGAGGAUCCAGGAAAACAGGCAGGAGCUGUUUAACUCAAACCUCACAGACUGCCUCAAAUCCUUUUAAAGCUUUAGCAAUCUUACUGUAUAAGUUUCAGUUCCAAUCUAACAGUGUUUUGUUACAUUCUGUACUGAAAUAUACAAUUGCAAUUU